AUGGAGAUUGAAUUUAAAUAUUUUGAAGAAUUUAAAAAAGUGAUUGAUGCAGCCGAGAAUAUUCCAAAGGAAGAUUUGCUUUUCACAUACAAUGGAGUGAUAUAUCCAACAUCAACUUGUGAUGUCGAUACAUUUAAAACUAUUGAAACAUUUGAAGCACGUGAAGAGGAUUUGAUGUUGGUGGCAUAUCCCAAAUGUGCCUUGUUUGAACUGUACCACAUUAAUCAAAAGAAACUAUUUAUUUUUCAGAAGCUAAAAGUUGAACCUUCACCCAGAUUCCUAGGGUCACACUUGAAGUAUGACAACAUACCACAAUCAUUUUUUGAUAAGAAAGUAAAGAUGCUGGUGGUGUUUCGGAAUCCCAAAGAUACAGCAGUGUCACUUUUUCAAUUCUACAAUAACAACCCAGCUCUUCCCACUUACAAUAGCUGGGAUGAGUUUUUCCCAGACUUCAUGGCUGGUAAAGUGUGUUUGGGGACAUAUUUUGACCAUGCAGUUGCCUGUAACAAGCAUCUUGAUGAUGACACAAUUUUGCUGACAAUAUUUGAAGACAUGAAAGAAGAUCUGGAAGGAACCAUUAAGAAGAUAUCUGAAUUCUAUGGAAUUUCUAUUACUGAGGAACAACUGAAGAAAAUUGCUGAACAAGGAACAUUUAAGUCUAUGAAGGAGAAUUCUGGGAAAACUCAUGGUGAUUAUGGAAAGAUUGUUUUUAGAAAAGGAGAAGUUGGGGACUGGAAGAAUUACUUCUCAGAAGCUCAGAGCCAAGAAAUGGAUGCAAAGUUUGACGAAUGUUUAGCAGGAACCAAACUUGGAGAAAAGCUAAAGUAUAAUGUCUACUGUAAAUGGUGA